AAGGAAUACACUCCGCCAAAAGGCCUGCUGUCAAAAAUACCCGCAUCAUGGGUGCCCUACGGCGAAUUGAUCCGUCUGCACAGACCAGAGUUCAUCUACUUUAUCUACGCACCAUUCAUCGUCGGCCUCGCAUAUGCUUUAUGCAUCAACAAAGAGCGUGUGCCGGCUUUCACCCUCGCUCACCGGGCGGGAGUGCUCUUUGUUUGGACCUUUUUUCUACGUAGCUCUGGCUGCGCAUGGAACGAUAACAUCGAUCAAGACUUUGACCGUCAAACGGAGCGUUGUCGAAACAGGCCCAUCGCUCGAGGUGCCAUAACGACAACCAAAGGGCAUGUUUUCACUAUUGUCCUAAUCUCGCUUGGCUUCUUAUCAAUCCGAUCUCUGCCUUUUGAAUGUACCCUGGUUGGCAUAGUUACCUAUGUACUCACCAUCAUAUAUCCAUUUGGCAAACGCUUCACCAACUUUCCCCAAGUUAUUCUUGGGUCAGUUUUGGCCAUGGCUAUUCCACUAUCUUCAUACUCGCUGGGCUUGCCGGCCUUGUCCCCACCGCACAUUGUACCGACAGCAUGCCUGAGUGCCGCGAUCGUAUUCCUGAUCGUUUUCUACGAUGUCCUCUACGCCUGCCAGGAUAUUGAGGACGAUCUAAAGUCCGGCGUUAAGGGAAUGGCAGUGUAUUUUAGAAACUAUAUAGAACCACUCCUGAUUACUGUCACCGGAUUGAUUACUGGAUGUCUGGCAAUGAUGGGCAAACUCAUAGAUAUGGGCCAGCUCUUCUUCAUGUUUUCGGUCAUUGGC